GUCUCCUCAAAACCAGAAUAGUUCGGUAAGCAAAUUCUGGACUGGAGAAAAGAGAAGUUUCAUGAAGAUAUGAAGGCUUCUCUUGUAAAAGAAUCAGAUCCUAAGCCUGAUCAGUGAUGGAUUUCUUUAUACUAAUUGUAGCUUAUGGAGUGACAUUUGCAUCGUUUUCCUACAUUCUCCUGCUUGGUGAUGGCAGGUAUCAUCGAAAUGGUGUUAUUGGGAAAUUGAGACAAGCUAUUGUGCAGACGGUGAAAUGGAUGCACGAGAAUCUCCUCCCUGAAGCUAUUCAACGUUUGGUGAGCAGAAUAAUCAACUACCUUAUCCAUGAAAGAAAUCCUUGUUUUCAAUACUUCUACAUCAUGGUACUCUUGCUUGCCCUAUACUUCUACACGGUUGAUGUUCUUCCUCUAGCUUUAACCGUCGGCACCCCUCCGUCAAUCAUCGUCAUCUCUUAUUUCUGCUUUGCUUCAUGCUUCGUCUUCUUUGUCAUCUGCUCUAAGAGUGACCCAGGGGUCAUCACCAUGGCGACACUGCAUUCAUUCAGAGAUGUGUAUGAAAUGGACUAUGUGCUGUAUCAGAAGGGCGCUGAUUGCUGGACUUGUAAAUUUGAAAAGCCAGCCAGAUCCAAACACUGUGGCACAUGCAACCAUUGUGUUCAUCGCUUUGAUCACCAUUGCACCUGGUUAAACAAUUGCAUCGGGGGAUUCAACCACCGCUACUUUCUUGCUCUGGUCACGUCCUUGUUCUUUGGGACAGGUUUUGUAUCUUACAGUAUCAUGUCUACCCUGAGUCAGUAUGCCAAGGUGUCCCGUUUGUUGGAGUCCAGCUACGUAGGACCCGAUGGGAAGCUCUGGCCGGUGACCUUCCGAGUUGCUGUGCAGCAUUUAUUUAUGGAGAGACCGAUGCCUGUGUUCAUCAUGAUGUCACUGGCACUACUGAGCCUCUUGGUGGCAGCAUUCAUGUUCUUUCACAUCUACCUUGCCGUAACAAACCAAACCACCAAUGAGCGUUAUAAGCGAUCCCAUAUCGAUGUGCAGGAAAUUCGUCAGCACUGCAGUUCAUCAAGCAGAUGCUCUAAACGGGGCAACAGUCACAAAAGAUCACAUUCCAAGCAAGAUAAUAGUAAGCAUUCAGACUAUUCUUCAUGCAAAAAUAUAUACAAUAAAGGUUUUAUAAAGAAUUUAUGUGAAAUUAUUUUUCCAGUUUGUAACAGAUGACAUUAUGGGGGAAGCUAAACAGCCAUAUACCUAUUCUUCUGUAUUGUAUUCUGUGUUACAGUUUGGAGUUUAAGGAAGCGAUUAUUUUUUAAUUUGUUCUGUUAGCUUUGAAACACAUUGUUGACAUUCCAAUACUGAACAAUAGGGUUGUGCAAAUAAUAUGAAAAUAAACACAGAACCAAUAUAUUACCUCCCAUGAUACAAUAUAGACAUUUGAUAUGUUUUCAGACGUUAAAUGAAAAAGUUAAACUUGCAUUAAAUUCAGUUCCAGCCGGCCAUUACAACUCGCCAAGUAAAUAGGUCAAAAAAGCUUUGAAACUAACCAACUUUUUCUUCUGAUUUGUCAGUAUGCUAGUCCAAUGGCAGAAAAAAUGGAAUGUAUUGUACAUUUAUAGAUGGGGGAUGAUCAACUUAAUUGAAAUUAGGCCUGGUGGUUGUUUCAUAAAGCUGUUCGUAUCAAGUUAAGAGCAACUUUAAGAACGACUGAUGAACCUUUCUUCACCAGUGAACAUAUAAUGGUGAAUAACAUUUACCACAAGAAAGGAUCACCAGUCGUUCUUAAAGUCAUUUUUAACUUACAAACAGGUUUGUGAAACAGCCCCUUGGGACGAAUGCCCUUUUUCCCAUUUGAUCGUUGGCAAGGGUAAACAAUCAAAACAGUUUUAGAUUCGUGGAUUAUCAGAAGUCACAAAAAACUUGACCUAUUGAAAUGACCAAUAAGUGUUCACGCAUGAGAGAGCUGACUCAGUCUAGUGCACCCAGUAGAGCACCUAUGACAUGCACAUCAACCCUCCUAAAUGAUGCACAGUCGCUGACAUGGUCAUCAUUUUCGUGUCUUGAAAAGGUUACAAAAUGUUCAGAAUUUCAUUUAGAUUUAAGUAUAAAUUUAAUUUGUUAUAUCUUUCUCUUUGUUGUCAAAUAUAAAAGAUUGUAGCCAUGUCCUUUUGAUAAUUGAAUUUAUAUCUCAUAUCAGAAAUCAACAUCUAGAGAACAUUUGAUUAAUGUGAAAUGUAAUAUUUGGUUGAAUCCAUUGAUUGUUCAAGUUUUACUUUCAGGCCUAAUUGUGAUAUUACAGCUGGCAGCAAUAUAAUAUGCAAACAUUUGUGCAGCCCUGCCUAACCAUUGACACAACAGUUAUAUCUAAAGUUGAAGGAAAAAGACAGUAGUUACAGCAAACAAUUAUUUUUAUGAGAAAGUCAUUUAAAUCAAGGUUCAUCGUAAAAAUAUCAUACUUCAAGAUCUGGUACAUUAUGUAAACUUUGUAAAAUCAUUAAAUCUCAACUCACAAUUGAUAAUUCUGAUGAUCACCAACACGGAAAAGCAUAUGUGAGACAGUGUAAAUAAUAUUUCUUCGAAAAUACCCGACAUUUGAUGAAAUUCCGUGCUAAUUUUGCUCAUUUCUCAGCAAUUCCGCAUUUUCUUCCAGAGCUGUUGGGCACAUGUGUAUUUUAUUUUUUAUAUAUACGCUUUGAUGGUUAUUUAAUUGGAUUCUGUUCGAACUCAUUUUGAGAUUGUUACCAUUACUGGUAUUUAUCUUUAAUAAGAGACAACUAUCAUUCUGCAGUGAAUUGAUAUUGUAGUUGGUACUUCAUUGAUAAAUUCCUCCGAUAUUCUGAAACUUUGAUAUACUGAUACAUGUUGCACUUCUUGUUUCCCACUAACUUGCUACAUCAUUGUACAUCAUUUUAACAUACAUUAUCGGUAAAUUUCAUGUUCCAUUUUACAUAAAUAGCCAUGAUCAGUUUUACAAUCAAUUGCUGUGGACUGGGUUAUAUUGUGAUAUAUAUGCUCUUGCUCAUUCUAAUUUCCUCUUUUAAUCUGUGGACACUAAUCUACUAAUCUGACACUUCUUCAAGGUCUAAAAAGCGUAUAAAUAUAUUUGUGCCGAUCAAUCAUCUGGUUUAAUACUGAUAUUUGAAUAAAUUAAUUAUCAGUGAGCCCUUUGCAAAAUUACAUAAUAAGUAUUUUUUACAAUGUUUUUGCAUAAAACUUGUUCCAUUUAAAUGCUUGGAAACAUAUACAUGUAUAUAUAUAGUUAGAAUGCAAAUUACGCUUGUUAUGUCAUCAGAUUUUGAUACAUUACUGGGGUUGCCACGCAGUCAAGCUUAGCUUAUAGUGGCAACCCCUGCAACCUUCUAACAAUCAAUAUAUAUUAAUAGAAAAUGCAAUUAUGUUCAAUGUUUUGCUUAUCAUUUUUUACGUUUAUUAUUAUUGUAUUUUCUUUGUUCAUGUGUGUAUGAAAAAGUGUUGCAGAAACCAAUAAAUUAAAUUAAAUGAAAUGAAAAAAUACUUGUUUUGUAUUUUAAGAAGUGCAAUACAUCAAUUCUAGCGAACAGAUCUAUUACCAUGCAGCCAUUACAACUGUAUGCAUAUUUAAUGUAAAAUUAUGUAAUGUUUCAACAAAGAUUGUAACCACAGAAGUCUGGGCUUAAGACUUAAUAUUUGGUCAAUUUUCAGUUAGAGAACCAUAUUGCUAAAUGUAGGUCCCAGGAGUACGUCACUGACAAGAGAAUAUAUCCUUGAAUUUGAGGAAUUGGUUUGAUGAUCAGGGCCCGUAUUCCAUAAACGAGAUAAGCUUUUUGCUUAAGUCUUAGCAAUUUGUCUUAGCAUUUUGCUUGUCUAAGAAAUCUUCCCUAACGAUAUUCUAUAAACUUUAAGACAUUUGUCUCAAGUCAGACGAUAUGGCUAAGCCAAAGUCUCAAAGUCAAAUUCUAUGACCUUCUAAACUGCUGCAGGGGUGACUGCAACAAAAUAGCAAAAAUGUAAUUGAAGUUGUUUUUUCUUAACAAGUUUGAUUUUAUUGAAACUAAUUACAACUAUUGUAGUAAAAGAAGAGCAUUCAUCACCCAUAUAUGGUAAGAAUUCUUUAUUCAGAUUCUUCUAUAUUUUGUUAAUUACCAAAACAUUUCAAUCCCAAACCGAGUGACUUGCACAGUUUUUUAUGUAUCAGUCCCAUUCAUUACUUUUCAUGUAUUGUUUGUCAAAAUCUAAAUGGGAUAGGGUAGAUUCCUCUCGACAUCUUUAUUCUACUUCAGUUGAAGUAGACCUAGGGUCUAAGGGAAAACAUUUGUAACUUUUGAGACUAGUCUUGGGUCUAACAUUAGGCCUAGAUCUAGCCUAGGCCCAAGAUCUACAACUAAUAUCCGUCUGUUUGGAGGAGAAUUGAACAUUGUUUUUACUUUUUACUUUCCUGAAGGCUGAAUCAAAACGUAACUUUGUUAGUCUAGUGCCGUAGUGGAGCAACUGAGACUGAAGCUACAUACUAGGCCUAGAUCUAACGAUAGACCUAUAUUAGUAUUGGUCUAGGCCUAGAACAUGCAGGACUUAGCCUGGCUUAGCCUUAAGACAGGGAUAGAUCUAUCUAGAUCUACAUGUAGGUCUAGAAUAGAUCUGACUUAGACCAAAAGCUUCAGUCUCCGACUGUAUUUUGGUUGUUCCGCUAUUUUAGUAUUACGACACUAAACAGUCUAACGUUACGUUGGCCUAGUCUCACCAAUGUGAUAUGACAGUAAAUGUCAGAAACUUUUAAAUAAAUCCCCAGAAACGACGGUUAUUCCUGUCAACAGUGCUAGAUAUAUCGCUAUGCAUUGCUUGCCAACUAUGCCUAAAGUUAGAUCUAGUCCUAGUAGUAGUCUAGACAUCUAUCUAGAUCUACUCCUGCUUUAGGUCCAUCUGUUUGUUUGGAGUUUUUAUUUUAUACAUUUUGAGGACUUGUUUAGAUCUAGGUUUCCAGGACUAGAAAACAGGCCUAAACCUAGACCAACACUGGCAACAGCUCAGUCUAGACUAGGGCCUAGAUUUAUAUAAGAAUUUAGAUCUAGGGCCUAGGCGGCCUAGCCUGUGCUUUCUUCUAUUCAUUCUAGAUUUUAUUUCUAGCCUAUCCGGUAGCCCUAACGUUAGGACUGGCUGAUCUAGUCUACUGUUUGAUCUAGAAAUCUCUAACCUAGGCCUAGAUCUAGAAUAAAUGACUUACUCACUUAGACUAAAAGUUAGACCCUAUCUAGAUCUAGAACUAUACCAAUCUAGGUGUACAUAGGGUCAUAGUAAUAGGUGUAGAUCUAGAGACCUGUAGACUCUAUCUCAAUGUAGAUUCUAGAUCUAAAAAUAGUAAAUGUAGGCUAGAUCUAGUCUAGUUCUACUCAUCUAACGUUAGGCCUGAGAAAGGAAGUAGGCUAGGGAUCUAGCAUUGGGUUAUUUCUAGGACUAAAGAAUCUUGAUCUAGGCUUAGAUCUAAACUAGGGGCUGUAGUUCGAAAUCUUGAGGUCUAGCCCCCCCCCCCCCCCC